AUGUUUGAGCGGUUUACCGAGAAAGCAAUUAAGGUCAUAAUGCUGUCUCAAGAGGAAGCUCGGAGACUUGGCCAUAACUUUGUUGGGACUGAGCAAAUACUGUUGGGUCUAAUCGGGGAAGGKACUGGGAUYGCUGCAAAGGUUCUUAAAUCCAUGGGGAUCAAUCUUAAAGAUUCUCGUGUSGAGGUGGAAAAGAUCAUUGGAAGAGGCAGUGGWUUUGUGGCAGUGGAGAUCCCAUUUACUCCUCGUGCAAAGCGAGUCUUGGAGUUGUCACUAGAGGAAGCUCGACAAMUCGGCCAUAACUACAUUGGGUCAGAGCAUCUUCUGCUUGGUCUUCUUCGKGAAGGGGAAGGUGUUGCAGCUCGUGUCCUGGAGAAUUUGGGUGCAGAUCCUACAAACAUCCGGACUCAGGUUAUACGUAUGGUUGGGGAAAACAAUGAAGUGACAGCAAACGUUGGUGGAGGAUCCGGCGGAAACAGCAAAAUGCCAACACUGGAAGAGUAUGGGACUAACCUAACUAAACUAGCAGAGGAGGGUAAACUGGAUCCGGUUGUUGGAAGGCAACCACAGAUCGAACGAGUGGUCCAGAUCUUGGCUCGAAGAACCAAGAACAACCCUUGUCUUAUUGGAGAACCUGGAGUUGGUAAGACAGCAAUAGCUGAAGGACUCGCACAGAGAAUUGCCAGUGGUGAUGUUCCCGAAACAAUUGAGGGAAAGACGGGUCUUCUAGUGGCUGGAACGAAAUAUCUUGGAGAAUUCGAGGAAAGAUUGAAGAAGCUUAUGGAGGAAAUCAGGCAAAGUGAUGACAUAAUUCUGUUUAUUGAUGAAGUGCACACGCUUAUCGGUGCAGGUGCCGCCGAAGGAGCGAUCGAUGCUGCUAACAUCUUAAAGCCAGCCCUUGCAAGAGGUGAAUUGCAGUGUAUUGGUGCAACAACAAUUGAUGAGUACAGGAAGCACAUUAAGUAA